AUGGCCACGCUGGAGGGCUGCCGCUGUCGCGGUGCCAGCGGCCGAAACAACAACAGCAUCCUCUACAGCAUUUUGAAGAGUGACAGCCUUGUGAGCGCCGAGGAGCAGCAACAUCCCCAACAACAGCAACAACCCCAACAGCAGCAGCAGCAGCAAACACUCCAACACUUGUUCCACAAGACCUCCGCCGCCGCCGCCGCCGCCCCGGCCGCGCUGCAGGAGCUCCGGCAGCAGGCUUGCUCCUGCGGCUCGACGCGGCGCCGAGGCGUCCUCCGCUCCCCGCAGGUGACGUGCAAAGCCGCCUCGGCGGUCCUGGUGAAGACGCUGCGGUUCGUGAAGAACGUCCCGUGCUUUCGCGAGCUGCCGGAGGACGACCAGCUGAUGCUGAUCCGGAGCGGCUGGGCGCCCCUGCUCGUGCUGGGGCUCGCGCAGGACCGCGUGGACUUUGAGACCACGGAGACCGUGGAGCCCAGCAUGCUGCAGCGCAUCCUCACGGGUGUACCGGACAGGCAGAGCGAGGCGCCGGCCGGCCAGAGCCGGGGGGCGGUCGGGGUGUCUGUCGUGGAUAUCGAAGCCAUCAAAGCCUUCCUGAAGAAGUGCUGGAGUGUAGACAUCAGCACGAAGGAGUACGCGUACCUGAAGGGAGCUGUGCUGUUCAACCCAGAUGUGGAGGGUUUGCGCUGUCUCCACUACAUCCAGUCUCUGCGUCGGGAGGCGCACCAGGCUCUGAACGAGCACGUCAAGCUGAUCCACCGCGAGGACACGACGCGGUUCGCCAAGCUGCUCAUAGCUCUGUCCAUGCUGAGGGCCAUCAGCCCGCUGGUGGUCGCGCAACUCUUCUUCAGACCCGUUAUAGGGACCGUCAACAUCGAGGAGGUGCUCAUGGAGAUGUUCUACGGGAAGUAGGCCUGAGGUGAAUUCAGCAGAUUGGUCGGCUGGAUGGACUGAAAUGCUCCAAACUCUUAUUGGGUGGGAGGUGAGGACAGAGCAGGAGGAUAUUGGGGAUUGAUUUUACAACUACUGUAUGUUGGAGAUCUGCAAGGACUGUGAAAUGAUCAACACAGGCAAAGAGAGUGUGUGUGUGUGCG